AUGUUAUACGAAGAAAUGAAGAAGGAAGAGGUGGAGGACGUGAUAGCAAUGGAAAAUCUAGCUUGGAGAGCAUAUUUUGGUGUGGAUCACGAAGAAAUAGUAGACGUUUGUGAAUUCGACAUCACCGAUAUGGGUGGCCAUAAGGAUGACGUUGGCGUUGUUCCAGCUCUAAAAUCCGUUGAACAACCGUCUAAGGUGAAACGAGGUGCAUCCUCGCCGAUUCGGGAUGUUGUUGUUAACGUUGAUGGCGUACCAAUUCCUUGGCUAGAUGAAUAUCAUCAUUUCUGCUCAUAUCUUUCGGAUGUAGUAGAAACUGGUAAAUCCUUGGUACCUUGGAAAAAUGUACAAUCAGCUUUUAUGAAAUUUCUAAAGAGAAGGAUUAACGUUCUGGAGAAACACUACAAGUUCUGCUGCAAUAAUAUCGACAAGGCGAAGAAUGUCUCCAACGAAAAAAUCAAGGAUUCAGAGAUUAAACGAAUCUUUCGCUUUGUUUUAUACAAAUUCUUGACGUUUGAAAAUUUUCCAUGUACAUUCGACAAAAUAUGUGAAGUACUUGUUUCACCACCUUAUUGUUGCGAUGACAUGGCAAAAUUCAUGGGUUUGUUGGAGGAUUUUGUCAACGUGAAGGACACCAUCCCUUCAUUUUACUCUCCAGAUCCAAUUUUAAAUUCUAAGGAGGAAAAAGAUUAUGGAGUUGGCCCAAUGCGUUUUCUGCGCAUAGAUGACAAGGAUGUAGAUCGUGAAAGUUCUGGAAAUGUCGUCUCCAACACCUCAGUGAAUCAUUCCAGUACUACGAUCCACAAUCCUGAAGCGAAAACAAAAACACGAUCUCGUCAUAGAACAAAACGAAAGCGUAAAUGGAGAUAUAGUGAGGUUGUGGAGAAGAGGUCAGAAGAUGUUAUCAGAGAAGAGGAAAAUGAUGAUGGAUACAGUGUUCAUCCACGGAAUUACAAUGAGGGAAUGAUGGAAUUGGACAGCGAUUCUGAAAACACAUUUGACCGACCAAAGGAGGGAUCUAAGCUACGCGAGAGUUCCAGGGUCCGUCAGCAGGAUAUUGACGUUUUUGAAGAGAAAUUCGACAAGACCCUCAAUAUCAGGGAAGAAAUUGAGAAUAUGGAGAGUCCCAUCGAUAUUAAAGACUAUGAAGCUGAGAUGGAGGACGAUUCGACUGGUUCAUACUUGGCGGACAUAUCGAACCUCAGUGAAAUGAACGAUGAGGAUAUGAUGUAG